AUGAGCGAGAGUACGGCAGCUAAGAUUGACGGCAAGGCCAUUGCCAAGCAAGUUCGGGAGGAGCUGGCUGGCGAGGUCGGCGAGUGGUUGGCUGGCGGUGAGGGACGCAAGGCGCCGCAUCUGGUGGUGGUGGUGGUCGGCGACAGACCGGACUCGCAUGCCUAUGUCCGCAUGAAGAUGAAGGCUUGUGCAGAGGUCGGCAUUCGCUCGACAAAGAUCGAGAUGGUGGGUGAUGCCCCGCAGGAGGAGGUCAUGGCUCAGGUGGCGGCGCUCGAUGCCGAUGCUGAUGUCAACUCGAUCCUCGUCCAGCUCCCGCUGCCCGAUCACGUGGAUGAGGCUGCUGUUCUCGAGUGCAUUUCGCUGGAGAAGGACGUCGAUGGCUUUGCUCCGGCCAACCUUGGCGCGCUGGCCCUGCGUGGUUACGAGCCAGCCGCUGUGGCCUGCACACCAAAGGGCGUCAUGACGCUCCUGGAGCGGUCGGGGGUCGAGAUUGAGGGCAAGAACGCUGUCGUCCUCGGCCGGUCGAACAUUGUCGGCGUGCCGAUGGCGCUCUUGCUUAUGGCGGCAAACGCCACCGUCACCAUCUGCCACUCGCGGACCGCCGACAUCCGCGACCACGUCUCGCGGGCGGACAUUGUUGUCGCCGCCGUCGGCCGCCCGGAAAUGGUCAAGGGCGAGUGGCUCAAGCCCGGUGCUGUCAUCAUCGAUGUCGGCAUGAACAAGAAGGACGAUCCGUCGCGCAAGUCGGGCUACCGCUGGGUCGGCGACGUCGACUACGCCUCUGCCUCCACCGUCGCCUCGGCCAUCACCCCAGUGCCCGGCGGCGUCGGGCCCAUGACCGUCGCCACCCUCCUUUGCAACGCCUUUGCCGCCGCUAAGCGCCAGCAUCAGGCUGCUACCGAGACAGACAACCAUGCCAAUGGAGCUGGUGAUGGCGACGGCGACGGUGAGGGCGGCGACGGCGGCGGGCCGACGGCUGCUGGUGGCGAUGGAGGCGAUGAUGAUGCGGCGAAUGAUGGCAACGAAGGUGCGGAGAACGAGGCGGAAACUGGUGGAGACCAGCUGCCGGACAACUACAAGCGCUGCGCGGCGACAACGACCGAUGAGAUGCCGCCGCCGUCGUAUGUCACCUUUGCGCGGGUCACGCCGCAGCUUCUGGCCGAACCCGAGUUUCUCAUCGGUGAAGGCGUGCGGCUCGUGGAGCACCGCGAGGGUGAGCCGUUCCAACCUCGCUCGCUGGAUGAACUCCCGCCGGAGGCUGCUCGCGUGGUGGCCAACCACUUGGCCGACACCCGUAAGGAUGUUCUCGCCGACUCGUCCAACCAGCACUUUGUCAAGUCGCUCCACUCUGCGCUCAACACACUGCUGGACUUGCCGGCCUCGCACGCCGACCACGUCCUUGCCGCUCGAGCCGAGCUCCUCCGCACCCUCGCUUCGGCCAUCGACAUCCGCAAGGCGCCGCGCAAGGCGCAGAUGCCACCCGGAGCUGCCAAAGAGCCGCACACUCCGCUGCCACUGGCCGAGCCGUCGGCAUCACUCCUGUCGCCGCCCAAACUCACCACGGACGACAGCCUCGACACGCUCACGGUGGCACAGCAGUCGGUCCUCAACAUGGGCCUCAACGUCGUGCUCACUCUCCUCAAGACGACGUCGGCAACUGAUCCGGGUCUCACCGCCGUCAUUCUUGCCUCACUCCGCGACAUCCUGACCACGCUCGAGCCGCUUGCGCUCGCAUCUCUCGCGUCGUCACCGAUGUGGGCCAACGCGCUCACCUGUAUCGACGCCUGGCUCGAUUUUGUGCUCUCCUCACCGACUACAACGCCAGAGAACCUGCAGCACACGCUGCAGCUCAAGUUUGGCCUUGCUCUCGGACAGGGCUCCCUCGAGCGCUCGCUGCUGGCGGUUCACGCCAUCCUGGCGUCGCCGACCCUCAACGCCUCGCUAGCGACCCUCAACUCGAGCCACGUUCUCGACGAGUUCCUCACGCCGCUCGCCAACGCCACCGCUGCCUCGCGCCUCGACUUUCUCAAGUCGGACUACAUCCUGGCCAUCGGCUCGCGCCCGGCGACCCGCACCUCCCUGACGACCGCGCCGUGGGACGCCGUGCUCGCCUCGAGGGCGUCCGCCAUUGCGUGUGACGGUACCUACGUCUACAUCCACGACAUUCAUGGCCUGCACAAGCUCGGCUCUGGCGAGCAUGGCACGCUCUACUGCAAGGUGUACGCGUCCAACCCCUCCAUCGGCUCCGGUAUCGGCACUCGCUCGCAGCUUGUCUACGCCGGCGGCAAGCUUCUGUUCUUCCCGUCGGACGAGACUCGCGCUGCGCUGCCGGAGCCGCUGGCGGCCACGUCGCGGUUGACGUACUUUGAGGUCGACACCGAGAGCCUCGAGCUUGGAGCAAGCGUCGAGCUUCCGCUCGAAGCCGACUCACCACGCCCAGGCCUCAUGGGCUGCGAGGACAAGUUGUACGCAGUGGCGCCGACCAAGCUCCUCGCCUCCGAGACCGUGCUCGACGUGACCACGAGCCCGGCGCCCAAGACGGUGGUUGUCCACGAGCUCGACGCUACGGCCGCCGCGCCGACGCUGGUCCGGCGCAUUCCGCUCGGGAGGCAUACCACUGGCGCGACUUAUGUCGGGCCCUCGGUCAUGGAGCGCGACUCGUGCUUUGAGGACUCGUCGGCGUCGUCGCCGUGGAACGUCGGGAUCGUCCUCGGCUGCCCGAUCGAGCGCGACGGGCGGCUCUCUGGCUGGCGGUUCCACUGCCACCGCGCAGGCACGCUCUGGCUCCAGAUCUACCGGCCAACCAAGGAUCCCGAUCUCUACGACCUCGUGUACCAGUCAUCGUGCUCUGCAGUUGUGGGCAUCAACGGCAUCCGCUUCCUCCGCAACCAGUACGUCGACGUCAAGGCCGGCGACUGCAUUGGCUUUGCCUCGACCGAAAAGCAUCUCAUUCUCUCGUACACGCCCAACCAUGGGCCAGAGCACUUUAUCCGCACCUCUUCGUGCAACUCGCCGGCAUCGCUCACCCACGGCGGGACCUACCGGUUCUUUGGCUACGCAACCCACGUUCCGUCGCUCACGGCGCGUAUCCUGCCGCCAAAGUCGGCCUCACUCUCGGCCCCGGUCAAGAUCGUCACCCCGUGGACCGUUCCCGACAAUCUCUGUGCCGAGACCCAAAUGUACACCGACGGAGUGGUGCUCAUUUUCAACAUCCCGUACUACAUCGGCAUGCCGCUCAACACGUGCGAUCCAGGCCUCGCUGUCAUGUACGGCAUGCUCCUGCAGCCGGGCGACGUGUCGGCGCCCAUGGGCGAUCCGUACAUGUACGCCACGAUCUCGCGGUCGGGCUUUUCACGUGAGCACGCCGUCGCCUACGAUCCAAUCAACUCACUGCUGUGGCGGUACAAUGCGGCUACGCUCUCGGUCUACAAGCACAUUGCGCUGCGGGCGACGCCGACCGCCACCGGCUCGGGCAUCCCGGACAUUACCAACCGCAGCAAUUUUGUUCCGGCCGCCCGCGAGCGCGGGCUCACCUCGACCCAGCUCCUUGCCGCUAACGUGGCGCAGCUCCAGGCCGAGCCGUCGACCUCACUCGCGACCCAUCUUGCUGCCGAGGUGCUCGCCCACGUUGCGUACGCCUCGUUCAUGUCGUCGAUCAACGAGAACCAGGCGUACAUCUCGUCGACGCUUGACCUGAUUCCGUCGCCGCCGACGGCGUUUGCGGUCGACAAGCCGCGGGCCGUCCGUGCGCUUCUCACCGCGCUUGUCGCACCGGGAGCCGACGGUUCGCCACCGGCCUCAUACGCGCUCGUCCACUCGGCGCUCUCGCUCCUCGCCCAGCACACAGGGACACUUGUUGCGCUUGUCGAGGCGCCCGAGCUCAGCGAGGACGAGUCGGACACGACCACGCCGCCGCCGGACCCCGAGGCUGACAAGGACGCCAUCGCCGCACUCGUCGCCGCCGUUCUUCCGUGGACCGAUCCGGCCGGCCUCCCGGCCCAGGCGCCGAAGCUCGCCGAGCACAUGGUGGCGUCGGCAACUGCUGUUGUCGUUGCCUCGCUCGCCAUUUUUUAUCCGCAGCUCGACGACAAGCUUGCCGCGCUUGCCGCGCUCCUCACAACGCCGCCUGGCUCGCUGCCCGCGCCCGGGCCGAGCGAUGCACGACUGGUCCCGGCACUUGCGGGCACUGUCAUCUUUGAACUCGUUGACGCUAUGGCACUCCCGGAUCUUGCUGCGUCCUCCUCUGAGACGACACAGACCGCUGGUCAGGUCAUUACUGCUGCAGUCGGUCUGCUCGGGGCAGACGAGCCGGCCAUGGCCGAGGCUGCUGAGAAGCUCCUCUGGACCGCCAUCAAGGCUGUGCUGCUCGGCAUGUCCAAGACCGAGUCUGCCGAGCCUCUGCGCCAGCUCCUUGUCCUCCUCGUUCAGCUCCUCACAGAAGCAACUCGCGAGCUUGUGGCUGACGGGGCGGCGUCGCUGGCGUCGCCGCUGCCCGCUACCGUUCACCUCACCCGUGAGCUCGUGGUCGGACUCUCGUUCCUGGGCAAGCCAUUUGCACACAUUGCGCCGCUCCUGCCGUCGCUCGAGGCGCUUUACGAGACACUUGUGGCAGCCAAGGCGCCGCCGGCACCUGUUCGCGACACUGUGGUGGCCGUCUCGUCGAUGCGGUAUGUUGCGUCGUCGCACCCGAUUGUUAUUUCGUCCGAGACUCAGGAGGACGUGGUGCCUGUCAAGGUGCCCGGAGCCAAGGCGUUGCUGAUCAAGUUCCACCGCGCGUCGACGCUCGACUCGGAGGGCCGGUUCUUUGUUACCAACUCACGGAGUGAGCCGACUGCCGGCAAGGACGUGGUCUUCGAGUUUGAGCCGAACCGGUUUCCGCGUGACGGCGUGGUAGUGACCGGCGACGUUGUUAACUUUGUCUACCAGCGGACCAUCUUUGCCACUGCCACCUGGGGCUGGCACGCCACCAUCUACUCGAUCGCAGAACACGAGCCAUCGCCUCUCUCGUGGCUGGAAGAGCUCACCGCCGCCGUGGCGCACCAGAUCGGGACUGGGCUCGGCCGCAUGGUUGUCUCGCUGCCCAAGACCGACCAGGAGCAAACCGCCGCGCGUUGGCUCGAUUCGAACCUCAUGCGUGCCGGCUCGCUGCGGACGCUCGCCGACAUGGACAGCGACUCGAUUGCAGCCGCUCUCAAAUCUGCGGCACUGCCACCGACACUGCUUGAUGAGCUCCCACCGAGUCCCGCAGCGUCGAUGCCUAUGAUCACCCAGGCCUCGCUCUCGCCGUCGGAGCAAGAGUACGUCGACGAGCUGGCUGCGUACCCGGCGCCGGAGGAGCACUCGCCGCUUCUUGCUGCCACGCGCAAGCUGGUGCUUGAAGUGUUGUCGAACCUAGCGGCCGAGGCUUCGCAGAUUGCUGUGAGCCGGCGCGCCGCGCCCGAGGUGUAUCUCGCCGACCCGCUCUUCUACCCACUCCUUGCACUCUUCCUUGUCCAUUCGGUUGCGGUCCCGCGAUUCCUGGCUGCCGUGCGAGCGCGAGUUGAAGUCAGCAGCGUCGGCGCAACGGCGUCCGCUGACGACGACGCGAGCGUUGCCGGCGACAAGACCAAGAGCAAGCGGAAGCGGCCGAAUCUCUCAGUCCAGAUCGCGGCGCCCGGCACGCCGCCGCCUGAGGCUGCAAGCAGCACUGGAAGCGUCGCGCUACCGAGCGACGCGGUGGCCAUUAUUGCCACUGUCAAGGCGCUGUGCGACACGGCGUUUUUCCGCAAGCGCGAGCUCGGCAUUGCGUCUGCUGCGUCACACGAGGCUGGCGGGAGCGGCGACGAGGCCAGCUCAUCGGCAGAUGCCGACACACUGACGCCGGACCUCAUUGCGCGGAUCCAGUUUGUACUCUCCAUGGCACCGUUUACAACGACGUCGGCUGUGGAGGCCGACGAGCCAGAGACGCCUGCUGUGCCGGCGUCACCUUCGGCGGCGGCCGCCGGAGCUGCGGUGGGCAAGGGCUCCAAGUGGAACAAGCUGCGGAGCUCACUGCGGACUAUCUCGAUGUGGAAGCGGCUGCGGACGCCGAGCGCAACUGGGCCCGGGCCGGCGGAUGGGUCGGCAACGACGCUGACUGCGCCGACGGCCUCGGCUGUGCUCCCGUCCACACUCUCGACACUAGAGGUCAACGUGCGCCUAUUCCUCUUCUCCGGCUCUGCCGACGAUCUCGAGUCGCUGUCGUCGGCGGUGGUGCUGCGUUCUGUCCGCGGACGGAUCCGGCUUGCUGCACUUCAGUACCUUGGGCGCCUUCUGAGCCUGUCGCCAAUGCCGCCGCCGGCGUCGCACGAGCUUGUGCUCAAGGCUGUGGCCGAUGCGUUCCACUCGAUGCCGACGCCGUCGUCACGGGCGGUGCCGCAUGUACUGGACCACAUUAACGGGAGCUCGGCGUCGCUGUCAAUGGCGAUUGUGCAGGCUCACCAGGCGCUGCUGCAGACGCUGUUCUCGUCACUGCCGCCGGUGAGCGAGCUGUCAGACCUGACGUCGCUCACGCCGCUGCAGCGGAUCACGUUCCGUCUGCUCUCGACCGGGAUUCGGACGGCGGACCGUGCGUUCAUUCUCACCUCGGGCGUGCUAGACUACCUGUGGCAGCUGGCACACAACACGCCGGCAGCAAACAAGGCGACAACGACCGCGGCAUGGAUGCUCUUUGCCUUCCUCAUGCUGCAGUGCGUCGACGAUGCGUCGAGCACGAGGAACGAGGCCGGUACUGGGCCACAGCUGGGGCUCUCAGAGCCCGGCUCUUCCGGCUCGUCGGCUGGCCCGUCGCCUGCGGCCUCGACGCCGGUCUCGGAGACGCCGCGGCCAGAGCCGGGCAUGGCGGACAACUUUUCACGCGAUCCGCGGGCCAAGCUCAUCCGCCACAUGGGGGUGUGGAUCCGUAAGGAGCUCGCGGCACUCGAAGCUGGGGCAACGGCGAGCGAUACCCAGCUGUGUGCUGUUGUCUCGUUGAUGUACUCGCUGUCACGGUCACCGGCGAUGCAGGCACUGCUCUUCUCAUCGCAGCUCCUCGCGCUCACGGUGUCGCUCAUCCAGAGCGAGGCUGUGGCGAGCGCGACCAAACAGGUUGCGGUCCAUGUCCUGCAAGCGCUGCUCCCGCUGGCGCGGCCAGAGACGUUUGUGGCGGCGCCGGUGGCGACGCUCGACGACGCGCUCGAGGCAUCGUCGGCAUCGUCGGCGUCGGUCAGCGCUGUUCUGGACACACUUUACGCCGAGACUAUCAAGUGCGCGCUCGCGGAGCGGUACGGUGCGAGCGCAGUUGCGGCAGCCAAGGGCGCGGCGAAGGGCAAGGAAGUCGAAGACGAGGCUAGUGACGAUGUGCGGUCGACGCCGUCGCUCCUCCAUGCGCUCGCAGAGCUUUUCCGCUCACUCCUUGCCGGCUCGCCGUUCUCGCGGCAUGUGCGCAAGCUGCUGGAGGCGUCGCUGGCAAGCCUGGCUUCGUCUCCUGGCAUGGAGCGUGUGCUCGAGCUGGCGAGUGAGGCGCGCGAUGUCGAGUCGAUGUGCGCAGACGCCGAGCUUACGACGGUCCUGACGAUCCUUGCUCCGCUGCCUGAGGUAGUGUAUCCGGGUGCGCAUGUGCGCAUUCUGUCACGGGAGGAUGCGUCGACCAAGUACGGGACCGUCAUCGACGUGGAGGGUACCGGGGCCGAGCGCACAGCCAAGGUCAUGUUCCCGAGCGGCGAGAAGACGAUCGAGCUGAUGGACGUGCUCACGGUGAUCAAGCCUGUUGUGACCGCCAACCACUUUCCGGUGCCAAAGGCGCUGCUCUCGCUGUUUGUCAGUAUGACAUCUGGUGGGCGGGUUGUGUCAUUGGCGGGACUCUGGCUGCGGGAGCGGAUUCUUGCGGUGCUGUGUGCUCUGCUUCCGACGACGGAGAGCCUUUCGCGACUGAGCGCGAGCGGGGACAGUGCACAGAUUGCGGAGGUGGCCAAGGCGGCACGGGAGCUCGCGCAGCGGCCGUCGUACCUGCCUGCCCGCGAGGUGCAGACGGAGUGGGUGAUGCACGCACACGAGCUUUUGCCGACGCUGCACGCCAACGCGGAGAAGGUGCGCGGAAGUGUGGCGCACGUCAAGGGCCAAAAGUCAGACGUGCUUGACGAGGCAACCCGCCUGACAUCGUCGGUGGGCAUGGCGCCGUCUGACAUCUCGAACCUGGGCAUGCAGUUCCAGAUGAUGGACAUGGACCACGACGGGUUUGUGACUGCCGACGACAUCCGACUGUACUCGUCGUCGCCUCAGGAGGCGGAUUCGCUCAUUGCAGGCCUGACGUUUGAGAACGGACAGGUCGAUGGCCUUCGGUUUGUGGUUGGCCUUGUCAACGCUGCGAUUCGUGAGGGUAUGGAGACGAACAACUCGUUGUCGUCGCCUGCAGCCAUGCAGGCUGCUCUGCAGUCGGUGUUUGGCGGAGUGGCGGCAAGCUCACUGAGUCUUGAGCUCGAGGCGCCCAAGGCGCUGGCGGGCACGUCUGUGGCGAGCCUCCACUCGGCAGGACUGGGCAAGAUUGAUGUCGGCAAGCGACUGAGCGGGCAGUUUGUGCUUGGAGGCGUGGCGGUGGUGGUAUUUGACGGCCACGACACUGCGCCCGAGGCGGAGGCUCUGGGCGCGAUUGGCGAGUCUGCAGCCAGCGCCGGUGCGCGGGCAGUGGUGGUCGCUGUGGCGGAUCCAGCGAGCUACUCCGAGUCUGGUGCCGUCUUUGAUGCGCUUGACCUCAAGGUCCCACUUGCAGUUGUGGACCUUGCUGCGUUCCGCGAGUGCAUCAACUUGCUCGAGUUGGGAGCUGCAGCGGCGGAAGCGUCGGCGACGAUCGACGAGUCAGCUGUGCUUGCGCCGCUGGUGACAGAGCUCUCGCGGAGCAUGGAGGCCGCUAGCUGCGGCGAAGCAUGGGCCGAGUUUGCCAUGUCUUCGGUCCAGGUCUCAACGACGGCGGCGGAUGCGGCGUCGAGCGCCGAACUGGGUGCCGAGUCUAGUGUGAUUGCUGACGAGAGCGGAGCCGCGGUCCUGGACGACGCUGAGGCGGAGGCUGGUCGCGAGGUCUCGGCCGAGGCCGAGGCACGAGUCGAGGCUGAGGCCGAGGCACCUGUCGAGGUCGACCCGAGCACGCUUUCGAUCGAAGAGCUGGUGAGAUUUGAGGGCACCCACUAUGUGAUCAAGCGGAACCACCUGCUGAAUGUAGUGGUGGAGCGCUCUAUGCGCGAUGCCAACUCGGAGGAGGAGCGAGCGGAGAUGGCGGAGCAGCUGCAGGGCAUGACCGAAAACGAGCGGAUCGAUGCGUUUGUCGAUGUGCACUCUGACGUGGACGAGGAUGGGCGGUCGGCGCUGGAGUUGAUGUACAAGCUCUGGUUCAUGCCUGGUUCGCAGAUCCAGAUUGCGGCUGCGCCUGAUGUCGAGUCGCGGAUGGCCUGUGUGGAGGCGCUGUAUGCCAAGGCCUCGCCGUCUGUGCGCCUGGCUGCGAUGCAGCGGCUAGCGCUGUUGCGGGUCAACUUUGACGGGCCGCCGGAGGAGGUCAUGUCGCUGCUGUCGCGGAUGAUGGACGAGGAGCCCAUGUCUGUGUACGCAACGUUUAUGAGUUUGGCGCUGGAGCAUGUUGAGGACCCGAACGUCAUGUUUGCCACGGUUCUGGUGCCGUUCAUUCUGCGGGCCCACACGCCCGAGUCUGAGCUUGACGACGAGACACAGUCGAUGAUUGUGCGGCUGGCGAUGGAGCGGGCUGCGACGUUCCAGCAGCUGGCGACUGACCCGGAGGUCCCGCCUGUUGUGGCGAUGGUGCUUGCGACAGAUGCGCGGCUGGCGGCGCUGGACCUUUCGUAUGCAUCAUGGCUGGCGCCGGGCGCGAUCGACAUGGAGCCGAUUGUUGGGUUUGUGCAGGCGCACAGCUCUGUGCAGUUCCUCCAGGGUGCAGCCGAGGUGUUGGCAUCGCCGCCGACCUGGAAUGGGUGCCAGAGCGGCGAAAGCAACGAGCGGGGCGAGGGCGAGGCAGAAGCCGACAAUGGCGGAGCUGCAAGCGAAGGAGCUGAACAUGGUGGCGCUGGGAGUGUGCGUCGGACCGAGGCUGGGAGUGGCGGUGAGGCUGCAAGCUCGAGCAACAGCGGCACUGACAGCGUGGCACUUGUGGGCGACUCGUGCAUGGAGCUGAGCGGGAUUGGGCUGGAUUCUGCGGCCAUUCCGCCGUCUGUGCUCGAGUGGAACGUGCCGAUGCGGGUUCGUGUGUCCGGACCGACACCACGACGGCCGGAGGAGGCGUACCUUGAGCUGUACAAGGUGGUGUUUUCUGCCAACGUGUGGGGUGCACGUGAGCUAGCGAUUGUGCUUGCGGCACAUGAGCACGCGCAGUUUGUGCUCGGCACGUGCGUGUCGUCGACUGCGGCGACAGCCCUCUCGGACGCUGGCGUGGCUCCGAUGGAGAUUGACGAGUGCGUUGUUCUUGGGUUGGCAGCCAUUGAUUCCGUUCAGCACCGGCAGGUGGCUACGCGUGUGCUCCAGGAGGGCGGCGAUGUGAAGGCUGUGAUGGAGCGUGCCGGCUCGUACCUUGGAGCGUAUGUGGAGCUUAUGCGCAGCGCGCUGCCACCGAGUGUGGCACAGGACGCAGAGCUGGUCAAACGGCACGGUGAGAGGGUGGCUGUCAGCUCUAGCGGCAUCCGGUCGGCCUCGACCGGGGCGGGCAUGGCGCAGUUUGGCUCGCCGCUCUCUGUGGCGAGCCCUGUGUUCCGAGUCACGCUUGUCGACCGCGGUACCGAAGGCGCUGUGGGAGUGGGCGUGGCAUCAGCCGACUACAACGUCAAGGCGUACCCGGGAUGGGAGCGCAACUCUGUGGCGUACCACAUGGACGACGGCAAGCUGUUUGCCUACACGGGACCGGAGCGGAAGCUGACCAAGUUUACGCCGACGCGACGGGUUGGAUCGGUUGUGUACUGCGGACUCGAGCUUGAUGAGCAGGGUGAGUUCAGCGGAACGCUUCGGUGGGUCCUUCCGGACGGGACGGAGAUUAAGCACGCUGUCGGCAGUGGGUGGGAGCAUCUGUACCCGACGGUCGCGGUGACGUCUGGCGAGGCUGUUGUGGCUGAGGCGCUGGAGCAAUGGCCAAGUGCGGAGGAGCUUGCUGCGGAGCGGUCAGCGAGGAUGCCGCGGUACGCGGCCGAGUCGAUGUCGUUUGUCGGGCCCAACUCACGGGGGAUCCAUGCUGUGGAGCUUGAUGGCGCGAACGGCGGAUUCACGCUCGUCUCCUUUGCGCCCGAGGUUAACGUUGAGGGCGGCGCGCUGGAGCUGUUCCAAAUGCAGGGGAAGGAUCGGUCGACCGCGAGCGCGUCGCAGCGGCUCCUGCUGGAGGUCGAGGGUGCCGGCGGAGCGCCGUCGACGGCGUCGACUGACGUCACGUGUGGUGACUUUAUUGACGUUGUGCUGCCGUGUGCCGGAUUUGAGUACAAGCUGCCUGUGGCGAAGACGCGCGGUGCGCCGCAGGGCUUUGCCUUUGAGGCACUGCUCUGCGAGUCGUCGGCGAUGGACAGCGCGCAUGUGACGCUCCCGACUGGCAAGGGCGCGCUGUGGCUGGCGGCGAGUGCGGUGGCGUGUGCCGAGGCGACCGGGACGACGUUUGCGGACGUGGCAAGCGUGGGUAAGGCAGUGGCCUUUGCGCGAGUUCUCUCGCAGGCGGCACGGCUUGCACCGGGCUCGCUUCAGCGUGAGCUGUACUUUGUGCUCGGCAGCGUGGUGACGCAUGUCGGUGGCCUGCCUGUGGCCGGCCGGCACGGGAGCUGGCUGACCGAGCUGGCGGCGGAGCUUGAAGCGGAUGGUCUCUCGAGCGGCCUGGGCUCGAUGACCCCGAGCGCGAUGUUGCAACGAAACCUGCAGGCCAAGGCCGAGCUCGCGCUUGCGCUCAAGACGCUUGCAGCCGAGGCGCCGACGGUUGCUGAGUACGAGACAGUCGGCGCGAGCAACGUGGCACGUGUCGUUGUGAUCGAUAACCAGGUGGCGUGUGAGCCCGCCGGCAGUGUUGUGCGUGGCGAUGGGCUCGACGUGGUGUUUGAAGUUAGCUGCAGCGAGGCGUGGACAGUGUUCGGGGCCGAAGUCGAGGAGGGAUCACGCGUUGUGGUUGUGGUCGCGUCUGGCAGUGGCCGGGUGACCGUGCACGAGGCGACUGGACUGGGCGAGGUGGCCAGUGGCGAGUGGCCAAUCGAGUGCGAGAGUGCGUCUGGCUGUGUUGCGGUGCACGAGACUAGCGUCGAGAGUCUGCCGCGCAGCGUGAGCAGCGGAUGGGUGGCGGCACGUGUGUGCGGCGGGCGGCGGGCGCUUGCGCUACAGGCGUUUGUAGGCGUGGAGCGCGUGGAGGCCGCGCUCGCGCGGCUGGACACGCUGCUCGAGCAGGCUCCGCUGCGGCUGCUUGAGCUUGUGAACCAGGUUGUGACGCUAAUGCGUGCGCGGGUCUCGCGCGAGGUGACACGGACGGACAUGGGCAACAGCGAGCUUGUGGCCAAGGCGCUGACCGGGCUGCCUGGCGAUGCCGCGCUGGAGCUCGAGGAUCUUCUGGGCAGCGCGGGCCACGCGGGACUGGAGGCGCUGUUUGAGAUUGUGAGCGCGGCGAACGACGUGCUUGGGUCUGUGGUGCCUGUGGCAGACCUGUCGCGCAAGCGGCAGCUCUCGGGCAGUGCGGCGCGGGUUGUGGAGACGACCCGGCAGCUACGCGGGGUGCUGUUUGAGUCGACCAAGUCGCAGCUUCUCUCGGCGGCGCUGGCUGCGUCGCGUGAGACGGAGGAGGCGGGCAAGGUGACGAUCAACCGUGGGCACUCGCUGAAGGCGCGCGAGGCGAUCAAGCUCGGCAAGCCGGUUGACCCGAUGAAGAGCGUGCUGGGGCAGCUUGUGCCGACGCUGCUCUCGAGCGCAGCGGCGCUUCGCACCAACGGGCGGGCGUGGGUGGUGUCGUUUGUGGGCGAGGGCUCACAGGACGGCGGCGGGCUGUACCGCGAGUCUAUCGCGAUGAUGUGUGAGGAGCUUGCAGCAGGCAUGUUUGGGCUGCUUGUGCCGUCGCCCAAUCAGGUGCACGGCGUGGGCUCUGGUCGCGAGAACUUUGUGGUUGCGCCCAAGUCGAAGCUGAGCGUGAGCGACAUGGUGGUGUGCACCGCGCUGGGGCGGCUCAUUGGGCUGGCGAUCCGGUCGGAUGAGAAGCUCGACCUCAUGCUCCCGUCGCUGUUCUGGAAGCAACUGGCAGGCAUCGAGCCGGACGCAUCGGACGUGGAUGCGAUCGACACGGUUGUGGGGACGAUGAUUUCGUCAACGCAACAGCUUGCGGAGACAGUGGACUCGACCGAGGCGUUUGUGAGCGUGUUUGACGAGCGGUUCGAGACAACGCUCUCCGACGGCCGCACUGUGGAGCUUGUGGAGGGUGGGAGCGAGGUGCAGCUGACACCGGAGCGUGUGCCGGAGUGGACCGAGCUUGUGCUUCAGGCACGGCUGGGCGAGUCUGUGCUGCCGACGGAGAUGAUCCGUGCAGGCGUGGCGGCCGUUGUUCCGCUCAGCAUGCUGGAGCUCUUCACGUGGCAGCAGGUGCGGGGUCUGGUGUGCGGAGCGUCUGUCAUCGACCUGGAAGUGCUCAAGGCGUCGACAGUGUACAUCCAGCUGUCCGAGGCUGCGCCGCGAGUGGUGCACUUUUGGCGGGCGCUGGAGGACUUUACGCAGGAGGAGCUGCGGAUGUUCCUCCGGUUUAAGUUGCCGCAGUCGCUCAAGAUCGAGGCGGCCAAGGGCGGGGCCGGUGCUAGCGAUGAGAAGGACCGGGCGCGGCAACAGGAUGCUGCGCUGCCGACGGCGCGGACAUGCUUCUCGCUUUUGUUCCUGCCCGACUUUUCGUCUUGGGAGGUUGCGGCGUCGCGACUCCGUUAUGCUAUCCGCAACUGCGUGGCGCUCGACGGCGACUUUGUGACGCGCGACGAUCUCGAGCUGUAG